UAUAUACCUCUCGCAGCCGAUCGCUAGCUUCAGCAGAUUCUCACCUAUCUCGCACCAUUACUACAGUUCGAAAUGCCUCCCAAGAAGAGCACCACUGCCACCACGAAGAAGGCGUCCGGCAGCGCCCCUUCCCAUGCGCCUUAUGCUGAUAUGAUUAAGGAUGCCAUCAUCAACCUCAAGGAGAGGAAUGGAUCUAGCCGUCAAGCUAUCCAGAAGUACAUCAGGGCCAACAAUGACCUGGGAGGUGUGACCGACGCCGCGUUCAAGAGUCACGUCAACCGUGCCAUUGCCAACGGCGAGAAGAGCGGCGACUUUAUACGCCCCAAGGGUGCCUCCGGAACUGUCAAGCUCGCGAAGAAGGAGACCAAGGCAGCCCCGAAGAAGGCCGAGGCCAAGAAGACGGAGGGCAAGACGGAGAAGAAGACCACUGCUGCCGCAAAGCCCAAGAAGGCCGCCACAACAACGAAGGCCAAGACGACCACCGCGAAGAAACCCGCAGCCCCCAAGAAGGCUGCCGCGAAGGCCACGACUACCAAGAAGGCUGCCGCUCCGAAGGCGAAGGCCAACGCAAGCAAGCCUAGGAAAGCUGCUGCUGCCCCUGCCGUCGAGAAGGAGGUCUCACGCGUCCUGGGAAAGACCAAGUCUGGUCGCGUCACCAAGAGCAAGGCUCCCGCCGAAAAGGGCGAGGCUAAGAAGGCAGCUCCCAAGAAGGCAGCCAGCACGAAGAAGGCUCCCGCAAAGAAGGCCACGCCUAAGAAGUCGACCCCCAAGAAGGCCGAGGCAUAGAUGUCCCCCAUCUAGUCUUUCCUUCGUUCCUUCUUUGAAUGCUCAGGGCAGCAUGCCUCACCACACGCGAUGUUGUUUGCGAUAUCCCUUUCUUCUCUCUAAAGGUCGGUGUGGGUUUUUGGACGGGUUACAGGCAAGGGAGCGGAGACCAAGGGCGUCAUUACUCAUUUCGCUCGAGUUUUUCGACAGGAUUGGCUAUUUGUCGGGCAGGGGGCAAGGCGUUAAUAAGGCGUUGACAGAGUGAUUUUCCGGAUCAGCGUCGGCCAGUCACUCCGGCGUGUAUCACAGUAUAGUGUUUUCUGUGAUUUUAGCAGACGGUGUAGGACUGCUUUUUUGGAGACGUCAUGUUAUCGUCCGGAAUACUAUGGAUCCAUACUUCAUUGAAUGGUCUUGAUUUCGA